AUCGGUGGACAUUAGCCCUACGAGACUGCAUUGUUUAGUUCAGCACUUUAGACACCGGAGUUCUAGUUUAGAGUCACAAGGGAAGCUUCUCGGCUCGGAAAACGAGACGGGGAGCCCUGACUUCUACACCCCAAGGACUCGUAGCAGUAAUGGGUCGGACCCCAUGGAUGACUGCUCCUCCUGUACGAGCCACUCCAGCUCCGAGCAUUACUACCCGGCUCAGAUGAAUGCAAAUUAUUCCACCCUGGCGGAGGACUCUCCCUCCAAAGCUCGCGAGCGCCAAAGGCAGCGGCACAAGUCGGCCGGAAAUCUCGUCUGCUCCAAUUCGGGAAGUAUGCCCAACCUGGCUGCUGGGAACGGGAACGGCCAUCACGGCGUCUACCUGCACAGCCAAAGCCAGCCUUCCUCCCAGUACAGGAUCAAAGAAUACCCGCUGUACAUCGAAGGGAGCUCGACGCCAGUGGUGGUGCGCAGCCUCGAAAACGACCAGGAGGGACACUACAGCGUGAAAGCACAGUUUAAAACGUCCAAUUCGUACACGGCGGGGGGCAUGUUUAAGGAGAACUGGCACGGAGACGAAGUGGACUCCAUCCGGUUGACGCCUUCCCGGUCUCAGAUCAUAAGGACUCCUUCGUUGGGUAGAGACGGACAUGAAAAGGGAUCGGGGAGGGCUGGGGUCUCGGAUGAGCUCAGACUAUGGUACCAGCGCUCCACAGCCCCCCACAAAGACCACAGCCGGUUGUCGCACACAAGCUCCACUUCGUCGGACAGCAGCUCCCAAUACAGUAGCUCCUCUCAAAGCACCUUCGUGGCGCACAGUAAGGUAACCAGGAUGCCUCCCAUGUGCAAAGCAACGUCAG